AUGCGCCUAUGCUCGAAGGCGGCUUCUUCAUCUGCCGCUGCGGCAGCCGAAUUCUUGCAGCGUACGUCCAAAGCUGUCUCUUUCGUACAGGAGCAGUUUCUUGAUCCAAACCAGCUCCAGAAGCUGUCGCUCACUCUGGGACGGCCGACACUCUACAAGUCCCUGAGAAUUGACUCAAAACCUCCACCUCAAGGUACACCACUGCCUCCAGGAUAUCAUCUAGCCUAUUUCACGCCCUCAGGAUGUGAGCAAGAACUUGGUCUUGAUGGAACCAUUACCCGCGACCACUGCCAAUCACCAGUUUCGCUAUUUCGAUUUUCAGCUCUCACUUUCAAUGCGCAUAAGAUCCAUUAUUCACGAGAGUGGUGCCGUGAUGUCGAGGGGCAUCGAGAUAUAGUGGUCCAUGGGCCGCUCAAUCUUAUCAACAUGCUCGACCUUUGGCGGGACAAUCAGGAAGCCGGCGACCAUGUGAUUCCCCAGAGCAUUGAUUAUCGAGCAACUUCACCACUGUAUGCUGGAGACCGUUACCGGGCUGUGAUGGAGAAGGGGGAGAACGGCCACGCUGAUAAUCUGUCUAUCUAUACACCGUCAGGGGCAGUUGCCAUGCGAGGCAAAAUCACAACUUUAUAA